AACAAAAAAAAAUACUUGGAGAUUCGCACUUGAAACUUGAAGAUUCCUUGGUUCACACCCCAAGCUAUUGGAUUGGAUUAAUGAGCUGAUGUGGCGUGAUGACUUGUUAUUUUUUUAUUUUUUAAUUUCCACCCGGCUAAACACUACCAAAAUCAAGUUAAUUGGGUUACCCCCUCUCGUUUACCCUAAAACCUAAAACACAAAUUCAAAGAGUGAGAAGGAGAAGAGUCAUACGAAGAAGAGAGGGGAAAGUAGUUCUGGGUUUUGAAUACGAACAAGAGUGAUUCGAAGCAGACAAAAUCGAACGAAGGGUUUGUUGAAUUUUACGAAAUUGAAGCAAGACCUAGGAGAAGAAGCAAGUUCGAAUUAAGGUUUGCUGGUUUUUGCGAUUCUAGGAACGAACGAAGAAAGAGAAAGCGUUUUUGGAUCCGAAGUUAACUCAAGAAGAAAACGAAACUUGUGUAUUUAUAGGGGGAAAUAUAGAACUUGAAGAAACACAGAGUUGGAAGAAAACAGAAGGUGAGAGGAGGAGACAUUGAACUGAAUGGCGUUGUUUCGUGUCAAACCAACCACCACUCUUCCUCGUCUUUCUUCAACAAUUUCCCUUCGAACCAAAUUCGUAGUUCGGAGCUGCAACCUUCAGUUCCAAAGUCAACCCAAUGACUCCCAAAAGUUAGUUCUGGAAGUCAAAGAGAGGCUUGAAAAAGAUCAUUAUAGUCUUCCUGUUGGUAGAAAUGGUAGGGAUGACGAAGAUAUGAUACAAUGGUUUCUGAAAGAUCGCAAGUUUGAUGUUGAAGAAGCUGUUUCGAAGUUGACUAAAGCCAUUAGAUGGCGUCAAGAUUUUGAGGUGUCUGAAUUGACUGAAGAAGCCAUCAAAGAUAUCUCUCAAACUGAAAAAGCAUAUGUACAUGACUUUCUAGAUAUCAACAACAGACCUGUGCUUGUGGUGGAAGCAUCAAAGCAUUUUCCUAAAGAACAGGACCCUGCAGAUGAUCAAAGGCUGUGUGUUUUCUUGAUUGAGAAGGCAUUGAGUAAGCUUCCCACUGGGGAAGAGCAAAUACUUGCAAUAUUUGAUCUGAGAGGUUUUGGUCCAGAAAAUGCUGAUUUUAAAUUCUUGGCAUUCUUGUUUAAUGUAUUCUACAAUUACUAUCCCAAUCGAUUGUCUCAAGUAUUAUUCGUGGAUGCUCCUGCUGUGUUUAAGCCAUUUUGGAGGCUUAUGAAGAAGUUGUUAAAAUCACAUGCUUCUCAGGUUAAAUUUUGCUCUGCAGAAACUCUGAAGAAAGAAUAUUUUACAGAUGAGACUUUGCCACCAAACUUCAGAGAUUGAAAGUUAUUUUUGGAAGAUAUUGAAAUUGCAGUCAUUGAGGAAUCUAAGAAGAACUAUGGUGGAGAUAAGGGAAUUAUAUUACUGGGUUGAAAUUGAAAUCAACUCAUUUUAAGGCUAAUACCAUAUAGAGGCAAUAGUGAAGAGUCAAAUUCCUGUACCUGGAAUGUGUUGUUUAUGCGACCUAGUCCAGAGGAGGAAUGCAUUUUUACUUUAUUGCUUUUUUUUUUGGGUAUAUUUUCAUUUUAUAUUUGCAAAAAUAUCUCGUGUAUAAGUGUGGUACAAAAUGGCAGUAUGCAAUGUCUGUAUAAAUAACUUGUUGAGUAAGCAAGUGUGCAUUUAAUCUCAAAACAAAAUUUUAUUCACAUAA